UAUGUAAAGGCACUGAGACCAACCCAAGCAGUCAGUCUGUGCAUUGAAGACUCCGAUACCAGAGAAAGCAAGUUUUUUUUCUGAAGGAGACUUACCAGAUCCCGGUAAAACCACCAAACAAAAUGUGCCAAGGAUUAUCAUUAAUAUCAAGCUGCUGCUUAGAACGGGCAAAGGGUAUUAAGGCUCGGCUGAGAAUCCUUCUACGGAAGUCAAAGAAAACUUGUCAGUCCGUACGAGCAAAUAAGAAAGAUAAAGCAAGAUCCAGACCCUCCUCAGAGGAAGCAAAGAAAUGGAGACAAUCUUUGGACAAGAUGCUUUCUCACAAACAUGGUUUAGCUGCCUUCAGAACCUUCCUCCGCUCAGAGUACAGCGAGGAGAACAUUGAGUUCUGGCUAGCCUGCGAAGACUACAGGAAGAUCAGGUCAACUGCAAAGCGGAUCUCCAAAGCAAAGAUGAUUCAUUUGGAAUUCAUAGAAACAGAUGCUCCUAAAGAGAUUAAUAUUGAUUAUGAAACUAAAGACUCCACCAGGAACCUUCUUCAGAGGCCCACCAGUUCCAGCUUUGACGAGGCACAGAGUAAGAUCUACAACUUGAUGGAGAAAGAUUCCUAUGCCAGAUUCCUGAGGUCGGAAGUGUAUCUGAACCUGACCAGACAAACUGAGAGAGCGGCAAGCCACUCCGAGUCCAACAAGCAGUCCGAGACAUGAGUCGGGGAAUGAGAACCUUUUGGGGAGACCUGAACAGAGCGGCUAAUGCAAGCUGCAAAGAUGAAUGGAAAGCAUCAGUGGAAACAUAGUUGGGGAAAAAAAGGGUUAUUUGCUGAGCUGAGUUUGCAAGGCUUAGAGAAGGAAUUGGACAUACACUGAAGCUGUUGAGGAUGCAGUGUAUACUGAAGCGAGACUAUUAGACUUCUACACCAAUAUUUUAUUGCUUAUUGUAUAAAUUAUUUAUUGUAUUGCCCAUAACUUAUUUUGAUAUUGGUUACACAUUGUACGAAAAUAUUUAAAGUCUACACAAGAAAGAAGUUGCUUGGACAUUUGUUCUACUAAACCUUUUAAGAAGAGUUAUUAGUGCAGUAUCCUGCUCCACUUGGGUCUGUUUGUACAAUUAAUGGACCAUUGGAAUGAAGUUUAACCUCCUUAAUAACUCAAAGGAAAAUGAAUUGUAAACAUCUGCACAUGCAUCAAGUACUAAAUACUUCAAACAUCACACUGCAUGGUGACACAGCGGUAAAGCUACUGCUUUACAGCGCCAGAGACCUGGGUUCGAUCCUGACUAGGGGUGCUUGU